ACAAACUACACGAGACGACAACAAAAUCACCUCUCUCUCUGUCGCUCAAAAAUCAAAACUGUCCCCCUUAGGCUCAUCGAUCCACUGUGAGAGAGAGAGAUCUUCCUCCUCCGCGAGAUUCGGAAUUCCGAUCGAAGAUAUGGCGGAGACUCACGGUGGUUGCUGUCCGCCGAUGGAUCUGAUGCGUUCCGAGCCUAUGCAACUCGUUCAAGUCAUUGUUCCCAUGGAAUCCGCUCAUCUUACCGUCUCUUAUCUUGGCGAUCUCGGUCUCGUCCAGUUCAAAGACCUUAAUUCUGACAAGAGCCCAUUCCAACGGACUUAUGCUGCUCAGGUAAGUUUUAAUGCUAAUAAUGACAAGUUGCAGCGGUCUUAUAAUGAACUUGUGGAGUACAAGCUUGUUCUUCAGAAGGCUGGUGAGUUUUUUGCUUCAGCCCAUAGAAGUGCUACCGCGCAACAGAGUGAGAUAGAAACACACGAAGCUGGUGAAGACCUCCUUGAGGCUCCUUUGUUGCAGGAAGAGAAGUCUGUUGAUCCAACAAAGCAAGUAAAGCUUGGAUUCCUCACUGGGCUAGUGCCUCGUGAAAAGUCCAUGGUGUUCGAGAGGAUCCUAUUUCGUGCAACUAGGGGAAACAUCUUCAUACGACAGUCUGUCAUUGAGGAGUCCGUUGUUGAUCCCAACUCUGGGGAGAAGGCUGAGAAAAAUGUAUUUGUUGUCUUCUUUUCUGGGGAAAGAGCAAAAAGCAAAAUUCUUAAGAUAUGUGAAGCUUUUGGGGCCAAUCGCUAUCCUUUCAGCGAAGACCUGGGCAGACAAGCUCAAAUGAUGACUGAGGUUUCAGGUCGGUUAUCAGAACUUAAAACUACCAUAGGUGCUGGGUUGGAUCACCGCAACAUUCUUUUGGAGACCAUCGGAGAAAAAUUUGAGCAAUGGAACCUCAAGGUUCGCAAAGAAAAAGCCAUCUAUCACACCUUGAACAUGCUUAGUCUUGAUGUGACUAAGAAGUGCCUUGUGGGUGAAGGCUGGAGUCCUGUCUUUGCUGCAACAGAACUUCAAGAUGCGUUGCAGCGUGCUGCGGUUGACUCUAAUUCUCAAGUUGGAUCAAUUUUCCAAGUCCUGAGGACCAAAGAGAUGCCUCCGACUUUUUUCCGCACAAACAAAUUUACUACAGCUUUUCAGGAAAUUGUUGAUGCAUACGGUGUGGCGAAAUAUCAAGAGGCCAAUCCUAGUGUCUUCACAAUUGUUACCUUCCCCUUCCUGUUUGCUGUUAUGUUUGGUGACUGGGGUCAUGGAAUCUGCCUGCUGCUUGCAACUAUGUAUUUAAUAUUGAGAGAAAAGAAACUUUCCAGCCAGAAACUUGGGGAUAUUAUGGAAAUGGCUUUUGGUGGUCGUUACGUUAUUUUUAUGAUGUCACUCUUCUCAAUAUACACUGGUUUAAUCUACAACGAGUUCUUCUCUAUACCAUAUCCAUUGUUUGCCAGCUCAGCAUACGAAUGCCGUGAUGUUUCUUGCAGUGAGGCUACUACAAUUGGUCUUAUCAAAACCCGAGACACUUAUCCAUUUGGUGUGGAUCCUGUGUGGCAUGGUACCCGCAGUGAGCUACCAUUCCUGAAUUCGCUUAAAAUGAAAAUGUCGAUUCUUCUUGGAGUUGCACAAAUGAACCUAGGAAUCAUAAUGAGCUUCUUUAAUGCAAAAUUCUUCAAAAGUGCUGUUAACGUAUGGUUCCAGUUCGUUCCCCAGAUGAUAUUCUUGAACUGCUUGUUUGGCUAUCUUUCGGUCCUCAUCAUCAUUAAGUGGUGCACUGGUUCUCAGGCAGAUUUAUACCACGUAAUGAUCUACAUGUUUCUGAGCCCUAUGGAUGAUUUAGGAGAGAAUCAGCUUUUCCCUAACCAGAAACUAGUACAGCUCACAUUCCUCUUUCUGGCUCUGGUUUCUGUUCCGUGGAUGUUGCUGCCAAAGCCGUUCAUCCUGAAGAAACAACAUGAAGCUAGACAUCAAGGUCAGUCAUAUGCACAGCUUGAUGAAACAGAUGAGAGUCUUCAAGUAGAAACAAAUGGGGGAGGACAUGGACACGAAGAGUUUGAAUUCAGCGAAAUCUUUGUGCACCAACUCAUUCACACCAUUGAGUUUGUGCUUGGAGCUGUUUCCAACACUGCUUCUUAUCUUCGUCUUUGGGCCCUCAGUCUCGCCCACUCUGAGUUGUCGUCAGUUUUCUACGAGAAGGUCCUCCUUAUGGCUUGGGGUUUCAACAAUAUAUUUAUCCUGAUCAUUGGAAUCCUCGUCUUCAUCUUUGCAACUGUGGGAGUGCUUCUUGUGAUGGAGACAUUGAGUGCGUUCCUUCACGCGCUGCGUCUUCACUGGGUGGAGUACCAGAACAAGUUCUACGAAGGUGAUGGUUACAAGUUUGCUCCUUUCACUUUCACUCUCGUCGCAAACGAAGAGGAGUGAUUGAUGUUCUGAAUCUCCGGAAAUGCCUUCUUCGAUCUGCGUGUGCAUAUAUAUAAAAGGUAUGGGGAAGGAUUCUGAGUUCCUUCUCUAAUCAUUUUUUUGUUUUCUCUAUUAAUUUAAGUAAAGAAACUUGGAUGUUUUUCUCUUCCCCUUUUUUCCUUGUUAGAAGGUUAUAUUGAAUUUAUUUACCUUUGUGGGGGGAAAAUUGGUGAAAAUAAUAUUAGAAAAAAAAAAGAGAAAAGGGGAGGGGGAGGAAAUGGGAUUGUUUAAAGGUAAAGUACCCAUUUGUUGUUGUGAUUUGUUUGUGGGAAAAAUAAGCUGGUGUUAUGUGGUCGACCUUAUAUAGAAUUACAAAUAGGUACAUUUCACUUAUUUUCUUGCAGGAUAAAGAGUAUUGCUCUUUAAGGGGAAUUGAUCCUAAAAAGAUGAAACAAAUUUUAUUUUGUUAAUGUCUUA